AUGCCAAGAUACGCAUGGGGCCGUCAGUCCAAUGCUAAGGAGCAUCUUCCUCAAACUCAUAAAGAUGCAUGGAUUUGGGAGGGAAUCUGCAGGCAUGGAGUAGUUGGCACUGUUUCUAGCUCGGCACUAGGCUCGCCUUCAAAUGCGGACAGAGUCACAAGCUCGCAAGGCUGUGACUUGAUCUGCAGCUACGACUUGCAGAUGGAUGGUAAAGAUGUAUCCCCUGGGUGUCUUCCAGAGUGGAAGGAAAUUCCAUUGCCAGUCACUCUUGAGCUGAGUCAAGGCGGAAACGACAGUUCGACUAGCCGGAAAUGGCCCUGUUAUUCCUUCGAGCCGAUGUUCAAAGCCGUAGGGGAAAUGAAUCCCCAGAUGAAGUUCAACGAUAUAGAUAUUAUCUGCAAUCGGCAUAGCCUCAGGAACUUGUUGCUCUUCUGCGGUGGUACAAAAUACCUACGGAGCUUCCGAAUAAACCUCCGGUUAAUCCAAAACACCCUUCUAUUUGAGACCCAUGACACGCGUCCAUUUUUAGAGGCUGGAUUCGGCCGAGCAUUCGAAAAUGCUGCUAGGACUUGUCCAGCUGAGUGGAAAGAGGGCGUAUCGCACUAUCGUGCUUUACGCUAUCCUUUGGGAGAGCUGAGCUGCGUCGUCCGUUGCGAAGUCGACGCUUCUCACAGUGGCACGGAAGAGCCGAGCUGGACGUCUCCCCCUAAUGGUCCUGACCUGGGUGAACUGUCUAGGAAUUUUGAAAAUUCGGCAAAUAUUCGAAGCCAAAAUGAAUCUGAGACUAUGAGGCAAGCCGGCCUGAAGCAUCAGGCUAUGGCAGCUGAGAUUAAAUCAGUUGCUUUUUAUACAUCCCCCAGCAGAUGGAUGCCACAGCUAUGGUUCGGGCGAACUCCUUGGCUUGUCUGUGGUACCCAUUCAAACGGAACCUUCCACGAGGUAACGGCUACUAACCCUGGCGCUUUUUUCCAUACAUGGGAAGACGAAAACCAGAUCGAACUGCAGAAGUUAGUUAUGGUUCUCAAACAUUUGCGGGCCAUUACCCGAAAUUCUGGGGAAGGUCAAUACGCUGCCAUUUUCCAAGCGGGACCACAGUCCCGAGCCCGAGAGAUCAAGGUCUUCAGAACGACCAAGAGAUGGCAAGCGUUACCAGAGCCCUUAAUAUCAAAAUUCUGGGACUCGCCAAUUCCCGGAUCGGCGUGA